AUGGCCGACACUCACACCUACGAGUUCAACAUCACCAUGAGCUGCGGCGGCUGCUCCGGUGCCAUCGACAGAGUCCUCAAGAAGCUCGACGGUGUCGAGAGCUACGAUGUGUCCCUUGAGAACCAGACCGCCAAGGUCGUCACCGCCCUCCCCUACGAUACCGUCCUCCAGAAGAUCGCAAAGACUGGCAAGAAGGUCAACUCUGGCAAGGCGGAUGGUGUUGAGCAGUCUGUCGAGGUCGCCGCCUAA